AACAGUCCCUAACUUUGACCUUUUUUUCAAUAAAGUAAAAAAAAACAAAACAGUUGAAAUAAAAAAAAAAAUAACACAAUGAUUUUACAGUUAUUGUGUCAGUCUUCAUGCUGCCUGAAGAGUUUUGAAGAUCUCAGUUUAGAGUAUUUUACUUUUCCUUGCCAUUACUGUCAUAUUAAACUGGCCGGGGUACGCCUCACAGCAAACCAAGCGCUCCCGGCCACAGUACCCCGCCCAUUCCGUUACCACCACAGCCACGAGCUAAGCUAGCUGUUAGCCUGCCACUGUUGUUAGCAUUGGAAACCAGUCGACCCAGAAGCUCCAUCUUACAGUCUACUUAUAAACAUUUAUUAAACUAUUUGAGCACCUUUAAAUCAGGAGGGACAAACUUAAACCCAGUAUGUGCUCCGUCGUCGGACGGGGCUCGUGGCGUCGCAGUGCGCAACGGUUCAAGUUACCGUAGGAUCCGGAGAGGAGGCUGGAGUGGGUUCGGUUCAUUUUUGAUUCAACGGUCAGCGACUUAAAGAAUCGUCCUGGACCAAAGCGGGAUAAUGUCAGAGUCUCAAUUUAACCAUGUACGUAGUUAUAAGAGUUUGGCGUGUUUUCGUUUCUGUAUCACAGCUUGACAUUAGCUAAGCAACCAUGUAAGGUGUUUACACUAAAGGUAAUUCAAUACAUCUCCAUUCCACAUAUACGUGUCCCAUACAGUUAACUUAAUGUCACCAGAGGCACAUAUUGAAGACACACCCUUGACAGGACAACCUAGGGAUUAUUCACCUUGGUGCCUUCUUCUCGUAUUUUUGUGUCUAAGUGACAGAUGUGAACGACCAUUUUUGUAAUUGGUUCAGUAUUGAGAGACAGGGCUGCAAUGUAACCAGAUGGGGCAAUGGUACACCGUCACUGUAUGUCCAUUAAAGGUGGUAUAUGUAGCGGACAGGCUCGGGUUCUUAACAUGAUCCAGUCUGUUCGUUAUGGUGUUUGUCCCCAAAUCUCGCGAGACGUGGGGAAACCUGAAUGGGAGUUUGAGAGAGUAUUUGGACUAGUUUGUUGUGUUGGAGUGCAGAAAAGAGUUUAGUGUUAUCUAAAAGAUCAAAAUAAGAGCAAAAAUGGUUCGUGCUUGUGUAUUUCCAAAUUGCACCAACAAAAUGUCCAAAAACAGUGCACGCAGUUUUCAUAGACUACCUUUACUGGACGAGGACGUGCUGAAGUCGUGGCUCGUUGUGUUACAAAUGGAUCCAAACACUCCUGUUCAUAAACUGCGGCUUGCAGACCAUCGGGUCUGCAGUGACCAUUUUUCCCGGGAUGACUACUGCCAGUCAAAGAGGAGAAAGAAUCCAAAGCACAUUUUCCUAAAGAAAACUGCUGUCCCAAAAGAGGAGAUACCAGCUGCAGACAGAGUGGAGCGGUCAACUGCUGCAUCCAGGACGUGCUCUGUGGUCAGAUGUGAUUCAUGGCGUCGCAGCGCACUACUGUUUAAGUUACCGGAAGAUCCAGAGAGGAGGCUGGAGUGGGUUCAGUUCAUUUUCGAAGUCAACGGGCAACGACUGAAAGAGUCAUCCUGGACUGAUAUCACCAUUUGUAAUGAACACUUUACUGAUGACUCUUUUGAAGACACGGGCCAGCUAAAGCUCAGUGCUGUCCCAACACUGUGUGUCAAGUCAGAGCCAGACGAUUCCCCGGAGAGCCCACAGAAUGAGGAGCCCAUAGAAGCCAAAGAUGCUGAUAGUCCAUGUGAUGACCGUCCACCUUCCCACUCUAAAAAAUCAAGACGUACUGGAAAAGGAAAAGCUUCACAAGCAAGUGGUGUCUCAAAGUCGAAUUCAACUGAUGCUCAAAAUGCUGUCACUUAUGGAUCUGACCAGAUGCCACAAAAAGUCCUGAAUAUUGAGUUGAACAGGGAAAAGUCUGCGCUUCUACAGAUUAAAGGCAAGUAUAUUGUGAAUGAAAGCUGCCUCCUCCAGUUGUUCCGCCGCAAGUGCCCGUCGUGUGGCAAUAAACUUCUGAUGGAGAAGGUCACCUCUGGGGUGCUCAUCGUCUUCACCCAAACUUGCCUGAAGUGUGACUACAAAAACCAGUGGAAGAACCUUGUCAAUUAUACUCUUCCUACAGCUGUGGAUCAACACCUGACAGGAGGCACAGAAGAAACGGCAGAGACCAAACAGGAAAUGCCAACAGACGACAACCCCAGCAGCACAGUGUUCUCUGAAGUUGUUACCUUUAGUGAUGAAGAAAGUGAUCCGUCAGAUGAAGGAGAGGAAGGUGAUGACGGUGGGGUGAGUUCCGAUGGGGAUUGGAAUCCAACCGAGGAUGUUUUGCUGGCGGAAGAGCUCACAAAGCAUUCUGAAGAGGAAAGUGAAGAUGAAGAUGAAGACCAAAGUGGAGAGGAAGAAGAGUUUGAUUCCCCAGGUGGCCUCAAAAUUAAUGAGCUCUGCACAGAAUGUGGAAGUUUCUUCAAUAUUCUGAAGCCUCACACUUGUGAGUACAAAAUAAAGCCCUUUUCCUGCAAUAUCUGCGGCAAAAGAUGUGUUACCGAGACGUCUCUGAAAAAUCAUAGCAAAAUCCAUGAUGAAACCUAUGAGCAUCCUUGCAAAUACUGCCACGUUACCUUCAAAACGAGGGUGGACAAACUUAAACAUGAGCAGAUCCAUCAAGAUUGCAAAGAACCCUAUAAAUGUCCAGACUGUCCAAAGACAUUUGCCAGCAGUAAAGUACGCAGAGCCCACCUGGCGAAUCACAGAAGGGCCCCGAAGGAGUACAAAUGUGGAGUUUGUGGGAUUGAAUUUAAGGAUGUUCAUCAUCUGCGGAGACAUUCUUUCGUGCACACGGUAUUGAAACCCUACAAGUGUGCAGUGUGUCACCGUGGCUUCAAUCAGUCUAGCCACCUGAAAUCUCACAUGCGUCUGCACACAGGGGAGAGGCCUUUUAAGUGUAAGCAUUGUGAGAAAAGCUUCAAUCACAACGUGAGCUUGAAGAGUCAUGUCCAGCGUUACCACUCAUCGACUUCUGGACAUGAACAGAAGAAGGUUAAGAUGGAAGAAGGGACCAGCGACACUGGUGAUGCAGAGGACAGUGGGAUUAAGAAAGGCACAGACUCUGAGUUUGACAAUGCAGAAGAAGAUGCAGGAGGGGAGGUGCAGAAGGAGGUAACAGAAGAGCGCAAAAGUAAAAUGAGGACCACAGGCAGACCCAGAGGAAGGCCGAAGAGGGACGCAGCAGGCAACUUGAUUCCGGCAGGGGAAACAGAAGGCUCACGUUCAAACACUAAGACUGCAAAAUCAAAGGCGCAGAAGUUAAAGAAAACAGGUUCCAGCGAUGAGGAAAGUGAAGACGAACAAUCAGACAGUGACAUAUCCUAUGACUCACCAGAAGAGGAGGAGGAGGAAGAAGAAGAGGAGGAGGAGACAGUGAAGAAGAGCACAGGGAAAUCAAUAGGAAGACCAAAAAAUGACAGUGACUCUGAUUUUGACCCAGAAGAAGUAACAAAGAAAAAGAGGUACAGCAGCCAGAGCAGCGGUAAGACCUCAGGGAAACGUAGGGGAAGGCCAAAGAAUAAUCCAGAGGUCUGAAAAUGCUUAAAACACACAGCUGAAUAAUUUGUUUUGAGAAAAAGAAAGAAGCUGCAGAAAACUGGACUGAUACAUCUCAAAAAUGUGGUAAAACAAUUUGGAAUAUGAGGAAAAAAAACAUUCACACAGGCCAACGUCUUUCUGAGGCCCUGCCUACACAUAUACAGAUAUUUUUAAAAGCUGAUAUUUUCCCCCCUCUGUUUUAAAAAAAGAAUCUGUCCACACGAUUUUUAUUGUACAAAAUAUCUUCAUACACACUAGAAAACAAAAGCAAUUCCAGAUGCUCAUUAGUGUUGGCCUUCUCCCAGUCGUUGCAAAUGCAGUAAUAUUAACAGGCUAACGUUACAUUUUUCAAAACUUAGACUGGAGAUCUCAUCACCAUUUAGUCCCUUUUACCAUAAGGAUAAAGGAGCUCACUCAAAAAUACGAGUAAUGCUCUUGACAAUUGAAAGUUUUCUUUCUACUACUCAUCAACAACAAUCCCACUCUCAAAACUGUCCCACUGUCUGCUGGUUUGACCGUUCCUAAUGAUCCAAAACCACCGUUUCUUGCAACUUUAUACUGCAGAUGUUGAGGUUGACCAAGUAACAUUGAACACCGCAGAUACCUCUGUUCAUCUGUAAAGUGGUGAAGCAGUACUUAUGCAAGUGUAAAGUAGUCAUUGGACCAAGCAGUGCUAACAGAACAUAAACUAACAUGUUCAUUACACAAAGCAGCAGUGGGUAUGCACAGUUUGAAUAGUGGACGACCCACUCUUCUUCUGAGCCUCAGUCGCCCCCACAGUCGUUUUAGUGGCCAAAAUGUAGAGGAAAAUAUACAUUUACAAAAAUAUCUGUGUAUUUGUUGACAGGGCCUGAAUUAAAUCAUCUUCUACUGUGCAGUAUUGGAGGGUCAGUCAGUGAAUCGUUUGGAAAAAAAUCAGAUAUUUCUAUUGAGUUCGAGUGCAUUAUAAAAAAAAGGACUGUCAGAAAAUGGUAUAACCGUUGGGAAAUAUGUACUAUAUUCAUGUAUUAUAAGAAUAAUGUAAGUUUCAAGCUAAAAAAACAACAACAUUUAUACCAAGGUCAGGGCACUGUGGCACAGCCACUGUUUCUUUUGUCUUUACUUAUUCACUAUAAAGCUACAUCAUUGUGUAACUUGAGUGAUUUAUUAGUCUGUAGAAGAAUCAAAAAGUGUUCAGAUAGCAUUUCAUUAUUACAUCUUUUAUUUAAAUAAAUUAGUAUUCCACAAUUUUACCUGUCGGGUAAUAGAUCUCGAUCAAUGAUAAAGUCCUUUCACACAAUGCCUUUGAAUUUAUAGAAAAAUAUAACAGUUGGAUAAUUUUACCUGAUUGUAAGUUUUGGAGUGUUGAAAUGUUGGUUUACCUCUUGAGCCUAAGCUUCAGUGAUAAUCAUUGUGGGCUCAGAGAGCAAGGACAGUGCCAAUGGUUUUGUAUUGUUUAGCACAUCAGCUACAAAUUGUUAACAUUGCUGCUGAGCAUUUUGGAUUGUUUUGCUACUUUCCAGGUUGAAAUGGGGCUUAGUUUUCCUAAAAAAAAUGGUUGCUGAAGGUUGAAACUAGUUUGAGAUACAGAAUCUGAUUCAUGUGAGUGAAGAGAAGUUAGUUAUGGUUUAUCACUAUGGACUGUUUUGAAACUCAUCAUAGGACAUGUUUAAGGACCUCAGAGUCUGCUUGCACCUGUAUUGGAACACAAGUAUAUAAGGAAGUAAAAAAGCGGUUAAUAAAGAAACACAUAAAUAUUGUCCUGGAGACAGUUCACUGUUUUCAAUCAAUCAAUCAAUUUUAUUUAUAAAGCCCAAUAUCACAAAUAACAAUUAGCCUCACAUGGCUUUAUAGCAUACGACAUCCCUCUGUCCUUUGGACCCUCACAGCGGUGUUUUAAAUUCUCUAUUCCAAGUAUGUUUCAAGUCUCUGCAAGUGCAUUGUCAUACCGCACAGGAACUAACAAGUACAUGAUGUUAAACAUAUGCAAUUUGUAGACAACAGUUUUGGCCUUUAUGUGAUUGCAGAUUUUUACAUUUGAAAAAAAUUACAAAUAAAUGUGUCCAACUGCCA